AGUAACUAAGAUGAAUGUGGUUAGAUAAAAAAGGGUCUUGUUAACUUCUAUGUAUUUCUGUAUUCUUUGAGUUGGUGCUGACGUUGAAAUUCACAGAAGAAUGAUUUUGGUUAGAAUUUGUAGAUGUAUAACUUAACAGUUUUCAGAUAACCUUAAUUGAUAUAUAAUUAAAUGAACUUUAGUUUAUAUUGAAGAUUUUAAAACCAAAAAAUGCAUACGGUUUUGACACGUGGAAAUGCUAUUCUAGCAUAUACGUUAAGCGUAUCGGCUUGUCUUACAUUUUGUUGUUUCCUUUCAACUGUUUUUAUAGAUUAUAGAGCAAAUGCAUCCUUAAAUACAGUCAAAGUAGUCGUAAAAAAUAUGCCAGAUUAUAGUGCUUCAAAGGUGAAAAAUGAUCUCGGUUAUUUGAUAUUUGACCUUCAAACUGAUCUCACUCCGUUGUUUAACUGGAAUGUUAAACAAUUAUUCUUAUAUCUUACGGCAGAAUAUCAAACAAGCAAUAAUGAUUUUAAUCAGGUAGUUUUAUGGGACAAAAUAGUUCUGCGUGGAGACAAUGCCGUUCUAGAUUUUAAAAAUAUGAACACUAAAUAUUAUUUCUGGGAUGAUGGUAACGGUUUGAGAGGUAACAAAAACGUAACAUUAACAUUAUCUUGGAAUAUAAUACCGAAUGCAGGAUUAUUGCCAAGCAUUAAUGCCAUUGGUGCACAUACUUUUGCAUUCCCGUCAGAAUAUACGUCAUUACGUGUAUAAUGUAUGAUUUUUCAAUUGCUAUUGGAAAAUAUAUAUUAAUAAUUUUAUAACAAGUUGUAAUUAUUACAUGUAAAAUCAACAUAUAAUAAAUAAGGUUGUACAAUAAU